CACGCUAUGUCGCACGAGCAUUAUUCGUUCGCGCCAACGCAUUCGUGUCUGUUCGUUCGACUGCGCGACAUCACGACCGCUGUAUGCUGCCACUUUGUUGUAUUGUACGUUUCGUUUAAUUAACACUCCAAUUAACUUUGUGCACGCAAAAUUUGAACGAGUUGAUUUUAUUUGUCCGUUUCUCAUUGAACAGUAUACGCUUUUCUCGUUUCAACGUUUCAACGUCUCAACGUCUCAACGUCUCAACGUCUCAACGUCUCAACGUCUCAACGUAGAGAACGAUUUACGAAAUUCAAAGCGAUCGUUCGACCAUCGAUAUUAAGAUUCUGAUCACGCACUCACCAGUGGUCAUGAUUAGCAGAUAUCGAUGUCGGAAUAUAAUAUUUUUAAUAACCUGUUUCUUUCUUCAGGUUCCCAAUUGCAUUCAUGUACAUGGUCAUGGACGUUUAAUGGACCCACCUGCACGAAAUAGUAUGUGGCGUUUUGGAUAUCCAAAUCCUGUAAAUUACAAUGAUAACGAACUCUUCUGUGGCGGAUAUGCAGUGCAAUGGGUGGAGAACAAAGGUCAGUGUGGAGUUUGUGGCGAUGCUUAUCAGUUGAAAGAACCGAGACCACACGAAGCGGGUGGCGAAUAUGCAAAGGGCACUAUCGUUCGGCAUUACACAGUUGGUCAGGAUAUCGAUGUUGAGAUUGAGCUUACAGCCAACCAUCUAGGAAGAUUCGAAAUGUAUCUUUGUCCAAAUAACAAUCCAAGGCAUGUGGCAAACCAGGAAUGCUUUGACAGGUAUCCGUUGUAUAUAUCUGGGACCCGGGACGUUCGAUUUGAGAUACCUGCGGACACUGAAAGGAAAGCUAUAUUUCGAUAUAAGGUAACAUUACCGCCGUACGUCACUUGUACGCAGUGUGUGAUUCAAUGGAACUACUACACUGGUAAUAUGUGGGGCACUUGUGAAAAUGGAACUGAAGCAAACGGGUGUGGAAGACCGGAGACGUUUCGAAAUUGCGCCGAUGUGAGCAUUGUUACUAGCACGGCUGGAGUUCCACCCCUCUUUGUACAACAGGACAAUCCCUUCUUGCUCUAUUACAAAGACUACCGUUCUCCAAACAAUAUAUUCCCACUCGUCGUUAGAUCUCAGGUGUGCAUGUCCACUUUCCUUUACCGACGUAUACCAGGAAUGAGCGACUGGUGCCAAACUAAUUGUCUUCGCUAUCCGCCAAACUGUCCAGCGGCUAUUUGUCAAUGCCCGGAAGUGUGCGAUGCGAUCGGAGACAUUGCUGGCAAAGACGGCGCGAGCAUUUAUUGCAUGGACAAGUGUCUAGUUUAUCCUUCCAAUUGCCCUUCGGAACGUUGCCGCUGCUAUUAAACAAAUUUCAAUUACGCGUCAGAUAACAACUUACUUCGCAAGGAAUUGAAACGCUGUGCUUGCAAUGAUGGUUCUGUAUCUUUGCACCUGACAGAUGCAAGUUGACAGAAUUGUUGUAGGUAUUUUAAUAUUUCAAUAACUAUUUGUUAUGUUUUUGGCAGACACAACUAGAAGACAGUUACUCGAAUAAAACACCCCAUCAAGCAUCCCCACUUGUAAGAAAUUUCAUUAAAAUUCAAAACUUUAAUUUAGCAAAUUUAAUUCAAAUUGGCCCAUUUUAAUUGGCAUCUGACUUUACAUUUGAUUUUGUACGUUGAAAUACGAUCAACAUCUGCUAUUAAACAACUUCCACACCAUGGAUAACUAUCCAAUUUAUUUCAUAACAACCCAAGUAUGUACAUACAUUAAUAAGUAGAGUAAGAUAUUUGACAAUCCGUGUAUCCACCAUUUUUUCUAUUUAUUUCUUAUACGAUGAAUUCCUACUAUCGUACAUGUACCUAUUUACGUAUUUAUUGAAUAAUGUAGGUACAUGAUAUUUGUUAGAUUAAGAUUAAAUAAUAAACAGUAAGCUUAUUUGAUUCAGUGAGUAAAUUUAUAGUACGUUAUCAUCGUUAUUACUACCUAUUUUUAUUGCUAUCUGGCUGUUAUUUAUUCAGUACAUACGAAUCAAUUACAUUCGUUGUGCACGAUAUAGUAUAAUGAAAUAACAUCUCGUAUGGACGGAUCUUUGCAAAGAUUUAUACGACUAUAGAUGAGAAGUUUGAAAAUUUGUUUUGCUUACUUUUGAAAAGUUAUUAUUUUUUUCUCCUUUUCUUUCUUGAAUAAAUAAAGGAGAUGUCGGGAAUUUAAUUCAAUAUGACACAGAAUUUAAUCUCACUAUGGUGUAUUUAGUAUUAGUAUUAGGACAUUCUAUUGACAGCUUAAAAUAAUACGCAGAUAUCACAUAUUAUAUAGGUUUGUAACGAAUAACAUUCUCUCUGCUUUUACGUAUACGUGUGCGUGUGCAUGUGUACGCAUACAUACCUACAUACGCGUAAAUGCAGCUACAUUUAACAAAACAAUCAUUUGUUUAAUUAUAAGCCGCAAAACGUUUUCAAUGCAACAAUUCUCUUCACGCGUAUUAUACGUACAUAAGUACUUACAUACUCGUGUGUGUGUGUGUGUGUGUGUGUGUGUGUGUGUGUGUGCGCGCGCGCGCGCGCGCGCGCGCGCGCGUGCGUGUGCGUGCGUAUGCAUUGUAUACCUACAUAUUAUACAGGUGUAUUGUUCAUUGAAUCGCGUUGCGGUUGGUCGAGGUCCGAUUUCUCAAUUAAAACUCGUAAUUUGCAUCGGCCUCGAUUAAUACGAACAACAUAUCUUGUCGGUUCAACAUUCUAUAUACUUUUUUCAUCUUUUUGAGUCUAUACAUUGUUAAUACUUUACAAAACUAUAUACACUAAAGCCUUUUAUAUCGUACAACAUGUUUUCAAAUGUCUAAGUAAGUAGUAACAUGUUUUAUUUGUUUCAUUCUUUUGCAUGUACUUUAUUAUAUGUAUGUGGUAAUAAUUAGUUAUUCAGUGAACAAUAAUGUGUUCAACAUGUCAAUAAUACAGUUUCAAAAUAAGUUGUGAUAGACGCAUCGCAAGUCACUAACGCAAUCUAACUAAUACAAAGGUCAUCGUAAAUACUUA